AUGAUCGCAAGCAAAGAAGAUGAUGAUAAUCAUGAGACAGAAAAAGUCAAAACUAAAAAGACAAAGUUAAAAACUGAAGAUGUUAUAUACAGCUUCGGACCGGCUCUUUUUUUGGAGCGCAUAUGCGCAAUUUAUCGAUUCAGGAUUCUCGAUGGAACCUUAAUGCCUACAAGCAAUCUAAUGAAAGUGUACGGAUUAGUCAUAGCGAUUGCAAUUGCUGGUAUAUUCCUGUUCUAUUUCGAUAUCCCUGAUGUGCUCUCUAAAACAGAACCGUUAAAGGACGCAACGGAAGAUUUCCCAGCUAUCGUCAUCCUCAUUCAGUAUUCCACGUCUGCCGUGAUGACGUCUUGCUUGCUGAGUCGGUCAAAUAUACGGAUCAUGAACUCGCUCGCCAAUAUCGAUUCAAGUCUUCGGCUUAACACAAAUGAAGAAUUUUAUAGGAAAUCGAGAAGACAUUCAGUCAAGGCGCUGUGUCUUGUGGUGGGCAUCCAUAUCGUUUCCAGCGCAUCAGAUUAUUUUUUACGAAUAGAAGAGGAAUCUCCCAUUAUUAAUGACAUGCUUAAUUAUAUACUUAAUUCUGUACAAGAUCUCGAGAUAUUAGUUUUCUACUUGAUGAUAAGCAUGCUAAACGACAGACUGAAGGUCAUAAAUAAUGAUCUUACAAAAAUUCUUCAUUACAAAGAUAACCAAGGUAAGAUUUCAGUAUACACGAUUCGACAGAAAAACUCAAAAAACGAAAAACCACUGGACAUCCACGGAAAAAUGGCAGUCAAUAAUCUACGGGAUUUGUCCUUGGCUUACGACACCAUAGGAGAAGCUUGUCACCUAAUUAACAGCGUUUAUAACUAUCAAAUAUUCAUGACAUUGAUAUCAGCGUUCGUCUACAUUGUGAUAACGCUGUGGACUGCGUUGUUUUACUAUCGCACUCAAGUGUACACGGGGAAUUUGGUGCCUAUAAUAUUGUGGUGCUGCAGCGAGAUGCUGACGGUGGCGGCGAUGGCGUUCGUGUGCGAGAUGUUUUUGUCGACGCGGAGCGAGACGAAGGUGCUGGUGAACGAGCUGGUGAUGGAGUACGCGCGGCCGACGCGGACGCGCGCGCAGGCCAAGGCGUUCAUGCGGCUCAUCGACUCGUGGCCGCUGCGCGUCUACGUCUACGACAUGUUCACCGUCGACAUUACGCUCAUGCUCAAGUUUAUAAGCGUAUCUACCACUUAUUUAAUUGUCAUCAUACAAAUCUCUCAUUUCGUAUAAAAUACCUAUCUACUAAAAUUAUGA